AUGAGAAGAGCAUGGAUUACAUAUGUUCAGGCAGCAUCAAACACAAUCAUACAAUUGAAGCUUAGCAAAGCAGCAGAUGAAGGAGCCAAACCAAUUAGGCAACCUGAAAGGCAUCUCAAUCCUACCAUUCUAGAGGUUGUGAAGAAGGAGGUCUCUCGGUUGUUGGAAGCUGACAUUAUUUAUCCGAUUUCGGAUGAUCUUCUAGAGCAUUGCAUAGAGGUGUUUAUGGACGAUUUUAGUGUUUAUGGGGACUCCUUUGACCUUUGCUUAGACAAUCUUGCAAAGGACUUUAGUAAGGUGGCGUUACCUCUCUCUCGAUUGUUGCAAAAGGAUGUGGAAUUUGAUUUGAGUGAAGAGUGCAUGGAAGCAUUUGACAAGAUCAAAAUUGCUUUGACCCAAGCUCCCAUUGUGAGAGGGCCAGACUGGAGUAGGCCAUUCGAAAUCAUGUGUGAUUUAUCAAACUAUGCGGUGGGAGUGGCGCUAACUCAACGUGAGGGUAAAAAUCCUUAUGUCAUUGGCUAUGUCUUUAAGACUUUAGAUGGAGCCCAGUCCAACUAUACUACUACCGAGAAGGAAUUGUUAGCAAUUGUCUUUGCCUUGGAUAAAUUUCGGGCUUAUUUACUUGGCUCUGUUGACUAUGUUUCCAAGUGGGUGGAGGCGAUUCUCACCCGAACUGAUGAUGCUAAUGAUGCAGGUUUAAUGAAGAAGUACGACAUCAUUCAUAAGGUGGCCACCGCAUACCACCCUCAAACAAAUAGCCAAGCCGAAGUUUCCAACCGAGAAAUCAAGCGCAUAUUGGAAAAAAUUGUGAAGCCUCAUAGGAAGGAUUGGAGUUCUAAACUCGGAGAUGCGCUUUGGGCUUACCGGACGGCUUAUAAGACACCAAUUGGUAUGAGCCCAUUCUGGAAGUUACAGUUGGUGGAGCUUGAGUGCCUUCGAUUGGAAGCCUAUAAGAAUUCAAGGCUCUACAAGGAGAGGAUGAAGGUGGUGCAUGAUGAAAACAUAAUAAGGAGAGAGUUUAGAGCUGGAGAGCUAGUCCUCCUCUACAACUCUAGGUUGAGAUUGAUGCCUGGCAAGUUGAGGUGGGAAGGCCCUUAUAGAGUGGAGAAAGCUGAGUCAUAUGGGGUCUACCACCUGCGUCACCCUUCAAGCCCCAACAUAUUCAAAGUUAAUGACCAUCGUCUGAAGCUAUACCAUGGAGAGAAGAUGAAAAGCAACAAAGAGGUUAAGGUGUUCCUUCUUGAGGACGCACCUGAAGGCGAGGAGAUUUGA